CAUACGUGGCCAAGGGGAGCAUUGACGGUGGGUUGGAGCAGGUCUUCACCACCGACAAAGGCAAAAAGCUCUCCUCGACGACCAUGGCCAAGGCCGUCAAGAGGGAGUGGCAGAAACAUGCCAGCAACAUCGGGAAAGUCCUGCCACCCCUCACGGCCACGUUAUGCAGGAAGAUGGCGGUCUCCACGCUACGAGACGCUGGAGGAGACCGCCAGCAGCAGAGGGUGCUCGCCAAGCAUAUGGCCCACAACCCUAGGACGGCGGAUCGCUAUUAUGAUAGAGCAAGCCAGAAGAAGGAGCGAGUUGGCGUCUGGGAGAAAAUAAACCAACUCUACAAGGUGUCUAGUCAACCCUUAAAUGACCCCCCAGACGCUGACAAUGACCUCCAGUCUCCGCCGUCCAGAGCACCCUCUGAGAGCGACAGCGACAGCCCCGUU